AUGUUCCGGCAUCCAACUCCGCGCCCAUCCGGCCAGGUUGAUGGUGGAGCGAUCAAGCCACCGAAACCACCGGAUCGCCCGCUGGUCCCGUACAUGAGAUUCAGCCGUAAAAUGUGGGCAAAGAAACAGAGAGAAAUCACCACGUCUUGCGUUGUCUCUACUGUCUUCUCCUUAAUAUUUGAUCAAAAAAAGAUGAUAUUUCAGGAAUACGAUAUAGAACGGCAGGAAUAUGAUAAGGCGCUGAAAGCCUAUCACAGCUCCACUGCUUAUCAGCAGUACUUGUCUGCAAAAAGCCGAGCAAAAGCUAAUGAUAAAUCGAAUACAGUUGGUGGCGUAAUUGCUGCUAGCCGCGGUCGUCUGGACACAGGUGGCGUAGUGAUUCAACCAGUGGAGGAUGAAGAGCUGGGCGAUUUUUUUCUAAAAGCAGCUGUCCUGAGCGAAUCUUUGAUGUUGGCACACAUCGAGAAAAUGUUGUCAGUUCUUGUUUUUGUUUUUUUUAGAUUUGAUCGAAAUCAUCGGCUUAUCGCAGAUCUGUUUAGUGGUAGUAUUGUCACGGAUACUCGAACCAUAUUGGCGCAAAAUCGCAUUGAAAUGUUGAAAAAACAGGCAACUUCUCUGGCACUGCAUCAGAGCAAAUUGGACGACGAGCUGAUGAAAUUAGGUGAAGUUUUUCAAGCAAAAAAACGAGCUAUGGAAGUGGCAUCUGAAGAGUUUGCUGUUAAGCUGAAGAAAGUAUGCGAUGAAAAACCGCAGAUUGAUGAGGCAAAAUAUAUAUCGAUGGUAGAUGACUGGACGGAAAAACUAAUGAAAGCAUACGAUGAAUACAAAACAAAGCAGGAAGCAUUGCGAGCUAAGCAAAUUGUAGAGCGUGAGCAACUGGCCGAAGAGACGCCAAUUUUAUAUCGGCUCACUGUUGGUGACUCAUCGCCUUCGCCGAAGAAUAAAGUAUCUGAUGAGAUCCAAUCACCACAAGUGACAACCACGGAUCAACAGCAGCAGCAGCAACAGCAGCAACAGCAUUCACAACAUCCAUCAGUUACCACUACUGCUAGCAGUGGCACCACCACCACUGCUCCUACCGCAGCGCAACUAGUCCAAGCACCAUGCAUCGGAGUACCAGAAAACGAGAAAGAGCAGCCACAACAGCAAUUGCAACCUCAAGAAGCUGUUACUUGCUCCCAAACGCCGGAAAUUCAAGCGAACAGCGUCCCGGUAACUCAGUCUGAUCAAUGA